AUGGGCAUUCCGAUGGACGACAUUCACACUCCCACGGUGCCUUCGGGCCCCGUCUCCGGCAGCAGCUCUACGAACGCGAAUCUAUCAAAGGCUGGCUUGACACAGCUUUUCGACGAGAAGGAAAGACUGGAAGCAGAGUUGAAGGUUCUCGGCGAGGUUCUUAAAUCAGUCGAAGAAGGCAUAGCUGCGUACUUUGCUAGCAUAAAAGAUACGGACGGGAAUGCCUCCACACCUCUAGCCAUCCGCCCGCCAGCACCAGCCGCCGGGGAGGUGGAGGGCAGAACCCAGGGUGAAACAGAUGGGAUCCCAUUUGCGAAAGUCAACAGUGUGGCGGAUGGAAGUCCUGCAGCCAAAGCUGGUCUGAAGGCUGGCGAUAAAGUCUGCAACUUCGGCAACAUAACCUGGGCCAACCAUGAGAACUUGACCAAAAUCGCGACAGUCAUCACAAAUAAUGUAGAGCUCCCCGUCCUUGUCAAGGUGAUAAGGUCGAGCUCCGAGGAAGAAAGUUCCCAGCUUACCUUGCGGCUCACUCCGAGCCGCGAUUGGGGAGGCAGGGGCCUGCUUGGAUGCCACCUGCUGCCAUUAUAA